AUGGCGUCGGGGUGCAGGGCCCCCAGGCCGGAGGACGCGCUGCGGAACAUCAGCCCCGGCAGGCGAGGCGAGAAGGCGGGCGCCGCGGCCCCCGGGGCCGGGGCGGUGGCGGCGGCGGCGGCGGCGUCCCCGGUGCGCUCGGUGGUGGCCUCGCCGCGGCCGGUGAAGGGCAGGGCGGGCCGGGAGGCGGCCCGGCGCCGGCUGCAGCUCCCGCCCGCCGCGCAGGCCGAGGCCCGCGGGGAGGCCGCGGAGGAGGAGGACGAGGGCGACGGGGAGGAGGGCGAGCCCCUGCUCCUGGCGCCCGAGGAGGACGAGGACGAGGCGCAGCCGCUGCCUCCCGUCUGCGCGUCCCCCAUGCGGGGCAUGUGGCGGGACGAGAAGGUGGCGCUGUACUGCGACCAGGUGCUGCGGGGCUCCAAGGCAGAAGAUGCUGAUGAAGCCAUGAGUAAAUACCUGUCAGAAAAGCUAAAGCUGAGGGACAAAUGGCUGGGCGUGUGGAAGACCAACCCUGAGCUGUUCUUCGUGAAAUACGAGGAGGCCUCCAUUCCUUUCGUUGGUAUCCUGGUUGAGGUUACUUGCAAACCACUCCAGAACUCAUCCUCUUGUUUCAAAGUUACUGUGUCUGUGGCGGAGCCCUUCUCUUCCAACAUUGCAAACAUUCCAAGGGACCUGGUUGAUGAGAUUUUGGAGGAAUUGGAGCAUAGUGUACCUCUCUUGGAGGUGUACCCAGUGGAAGGACAGGAUGCAGACACAGGGGACAUUGCUCUGGCCUUGGAAGUUGUAAGGUUUUUUUAUGAUUUUCUUUGGAGAGACUGGGAUGAUGAAGAAAGUUGUGAGAAUUAUACUGCUCUUAUUGAAGAAAGAAUUAACUUGUGGUGUGAUAUACAGGAUGGCACCAUCCCUGGGCCUAUUGCACAGCGCUUUAAAAAAACGUUGGAGAAAUACAAAAACAAGCGAGUUGAACUCAUCGAGUACCAAAGCAAUAUUAAGGAAGACCCAUCUGCUGCGGAGGCUGUUGAGUGCUGGAAGAAGUACUACGAGAUAGUGAUGCUCUGCGGAUUACUGAAAAUGUGGGAAGAUUUACGCCUGCGAGUUCAUGGACCUUUCUUUCCAAGGAUUUUGAGACGAAGAAAAGGGAAAAGGGACUUUGGAAAGACUAUCACACAUAUUGUAGCAAAAGUGAUGACUACUGAAAUGGUAAAGGACUUGUCUGCAGACACUCUUCUCCAGCAGCAUGAUGACCUGGAUUUGGCUUUGGAUAGUUGCUAUAGUGGAGAUACAGUAGUUAUUUUCCCAGGAGAAUAUCAAGCUGCAAAUCUUGCUUUAUUGACUGAUGAUAUCAUUAUUAAGGGAGUUGGAAAGAGAGAAGAAAUUAUGAUUACUUCUGACCCUUCUCAUGACAGCUUCGUGGUCUCCAAAGCUGACAAUGUGAAACUAAUGCACCUCUCUUUGAUACAACAAGGGACGGUUGAUGGUAUUGUGGUGGUGGAGUCAGGUCACAUGACUCUAGAAAACUGUAUAUUAAAAUGUGAAGGAACAGGAGUGUGUGUUCUUACGGGGGCUGCUUUGACAAUUACAGACAGUGAAAUAACUGGUGCCCAGGGUGCUGGUGUUGAGCUAUAUCCUGGGAGUGUAGCCAUUUUGGAAAGGAAUGAAAUUCACCACUGUAAUAAUCUCAGAACCAGUGACAGUUCAAAAAGCACUUUAGGUGGAGUUAAUAUGAAGGUCCUUCCAGCGCCCAAAUUGAAGAUGACUAAUAAUCACAUUUACAAUAACAAUGGCUAUGGAGUCAGCAUUCUUCAACCAACUGAACAAUUUUUUAUUGUGGCAGAAGAUGCUCUGAACAAAGGGGCAGCUUCUGGAGACAAAAAAGAUGACAAAAUGCUCUCUAAAGUAAUGCAGAACCUGAAUCUGGAGAUGAAUAAUAAUAAGAUAGAAGCAAAUUUGAAGGGAGAUAUCAGAAUAGUCACCAGUUAAAGCAUCUGGACAAAUGUGUGUACUUCAGGACUUUAAGCAAACAAUUUUCAUACCCCACAGAAAUGGUAGUUUUAAAUGUAAAGCUUAAUAAAAACAUUAAAACAUUUAAAUGUUUUCACUCAUUUUUAAAAUAACCACUUUGAGAACAUCACUCUAUCUGAGCAAACCAGUUUUCUUGCAUACUUAUGUGGUAUAAUCACCCUUUUUUUUUUUGCAGUACUAGAAUCUGAACUCAGGGCCUCCCAAUUCCAAUCCCUCCUGUGACUUUUCUUUGGGCUUGGAUAUAGCCUUUGAUCUCUGGCCUAUUAAUCUAGACUUCUUACAUAUUUGAGACUUCAAAAGCUUGUCCUACC